AUGCCUCACGCAGUAUCACCAGAGUCCAGCCAAGAGCUGCCUGCGCUCAACAGCGAGGCUGAAGUCCUCCCAGACGCACCGCCCACUACCUCGCUGGAUACAGAUGCGCAGAGUAGUGACGUGGAGGAGCCAGAAUCGAAGCAGACCAACGCCGCACCAGCGAAACUCGACGAACUGUUUGAUGACGACGACGAUGACGAGUUCUCCUCCAGCGUGCAGACCCGGGCGGAUGACAGCUCCCAACCAGCUCCGCAAGCCGCACCCAAAGCCCAAUACUCCGAGCCCGAAACCCUCCGCCAGUUCUAUCAACGCCUCUUCCCCUUCCGCCCGCUCUUCCAAUGGCUCAACCAUGCCGCUUCGCCACAGCCAGACUUUCAGAAUCGCGAGUUCGCUUUCGUCCUCCCCAACGAUGCCUACAUCCGCUACCAAUCUUUCGCCUCGGCCGAUCUGUUCCGCAAACAGUGCCUUCAAAUGACUCCCACCCGAUUCGAAAUCGGCCCGCAAUACAGCAUGAACCCGCGUGAGCGAAAGACGAUGCGAUCAGCCAGCUCCUUCCGCCCUGUGAUGAAAGAGUUGGUAUUCGAUAUCGAUAUGACGGACUACGAUCCCAUCCGAACGUGCUGCUCCGGCGCCAGUAUCUGUCAUAAAUGCUGGCGCUUCAUCGUCAUGGCUGUCAAGGUUGUCGAUGGGGCGUUGCGAGAAGACUUUGGCUUCCAGCAUAUUCUAUGGGUCUACUCUGGACGAAGAGGUGCUCACGCUUGGAUCAGCGACAAGCGAGCGCGAGAGAUGGACGAUGCGAAGAGGAAGUCGAUCGCGGGCUACUUGGAACUGCUGCGAGGAAGCGAGCAUGGCAAGAAGGGACUGGGCAUACGGCGUCCUCUGCAUCCACACAUCGACAGGAGUCUCAAGAUCCUCAAUCCCCACUUCCAGACGGACGUUCUGGCAGAUCAAGAUCCCUGGCAGUCUUCCGAGCAGGCGGAAAAGCUGCUCAAUCUCUUACCGGACAAGACACUCACAGCAGCACUCCAAAAGAAAUGGGACAGCGCGCCAAACCGCAGCUCCAACCAGAAAUGGGCCGACAUUGACACGGUAGCGGAAGCGGGCAACCUCUCCACGCUGACAACGAAACAACUCGUAGACGCCAAACAAGACAUCCGUCUGGAAUACACCUAUCCGCGUCUCGAUGCCGAAGUCUCGAAGAAACUCAACCAUUUGCUCAAGUCCCCCUUCGUGAUACAUCCUGGCACCGGGCGAGUAUGCGUGCCGAUUGACGUGAGGAGACUAGACGACUUCGAUCCCUUUGAGGUGCCUACUGUCACGCAGUUGUUGCAGGAGAUUGACGACUGGGAUGCGAAGAAUGCUUCCAUGAGCGAGGAGGAGAGGGCAAAGGUGCUCGACUGGCAGAAGACCGGACUGAAGCCAUACGUGGAGUACUUCCGAGGGCACGUGGCGACAUUACUGAAGGAGGAAGGAAGAGGCAAGCGCGAAAGGGAAGAAGCAGGGGCCGGAGGGGAUCCCAUGGAGUUCUAA